CCGCGCCCCCCGGCGCCCGGCCCGCCGCCCGCGCUUCAUGGCUGCUCAGGAGUGGGACUGGUUCCAACGCGAGGGGCUCAUCGGGCAGAUCAGCGACAUCCGCGUCCAGAACCUGCAAGUGGAGCGGGAAGAUGUCCAGAAGAGGACCUUCACCCGGUGGAUAAACCUGCAUCUGGAGAAGUGCGACCCUCCUCUGGAAGUUAAAGAUUUAUUCCUCGACAUCCAAGACGGCAGAAUCCUGAUGGCGCUGCUAGAAGUCCUGUCUGGGCGAAAUCUGCUCCACGAGUACAAAUCCUCGUCCCACCGCAUCUUCCGGCUGAACAACAUCGCGAAGGCACUGAAGUUUCUGGAAGAUAGCAACGUGAAACUGGUGAGCAUCGACGCGGCAGAAAUAGCAGACGGCAACCCCUCUCUGGUUCUCGGGCUGAUCUGGAACAUCAUUCUCUUCUUCCAGAUUAAGGAGCUCACGGGCAACCUCAGCAGAAACUCUCCACCGUCCAGCCUGUCGCCCGGCUCCGGGGGCACCGACUCCGACUCCUCCUUCCCCCCCACGCCCACCGGCGAGAGGAGCGCGGCGCUGUCGGUGAAAGACCAGAGGAAGGCCAUCCGGACGCUGCUGGCGUGGGUGCAGCGGAAAACGCGCAAGUACGGCGUGGCGGUGCAGGAUUUUGCGGGCAGCUGGAGGAGCGGGCUGGCUUUCCUGGCUGUGAUCAAGGCCAUUGACCCCAGCCUGGUGGACAUGAAGGCGGCCCUGGAGGACUCCAUGCGGGAGAAUCUGGAGAAGGCUUUCCGCAUCGCGCACGACGCCCUCCACAUCCCCAGGCUCCUGGAGCCGGAAGACAUCAUGGUUGACACGCCGGACGAGCAGUCUAUCGUGACUUACGUGGCACAGUUUCUAGAACAUUUCCCGGAGCUGGAAGCCGAGGAUUUUGUGGACGCAGAUAAAGACGCCCCUAUCGAGUCCACCUUCGUCCGCAUUAAAGAAACGCCCUCGGAGCAGGAGAGCACCGUCUUCUAUGUGACUGACGACGGGGAGCGGGCCUACACCGUCAACCACGACAGCAGCCACCCGCCCCCCUCCAAAGUCUUUGUCUGCGACACGCCCGAGAACUGGAAGGAAUCCCGCCCCAGUGGCAGUUCUGGCCCCGCGCCCUCAGACAGCCUCAUCGAGGUCGCAUGGCAGGGCAUGGACCGGGACACCCACGGGGCCUCAGAGAGGACCUACAGCCUCAGCGAGCCACCUCCAGAAUCUUCCAUCUUAUCCAGAAAGGACAACCAGAGGUCCAGCUCCCUGCCCAUCAAGAAAACGGUGCACUUCGAGACGGACAUCUUCAAGGACGCCUCCUACAACAAGGACCCCGUCCACAGCCAAGACUUUGACUUCGAAGGCGGCCGGAGAGGGACGAAGGACUGGUGGAAGCAGGACGGGCGCGUCCCGGUGGUCGCCGAGGAAAAUCCGAAGCAGGACGCCCCGAGGGCCCCGGAGGCAGCCUCGGACCAGGCCCUGGGUGAUAUUUCCCUGGCGGACAGCAGGACCGGGCCUUCUCCCACUGCCCAGAGCUCUGCCCCCGGGAACGGGGCCUCGGAGCGGCCGGCCGGCCCGGGCGAAGAGAGCCGCCCCCGCGCGCUCCUCGGAGAGGAGACGGUGACGGCCGACCCCUCGGAGGUCAUCGAGGUGACGCUGCAGACCGUGGAGGCGAUGGACGAGGAAGACGACUUCGAAGGCAUUCCCCUGAAAGCCUCUAAGUUUAACAGUGACCUCGUGGACUUCGCCACCACCAGCCAGGCUUUCGGCGAGGACCCCCCGCCUCCUGAGGACAGGCCCGCGGAGGAGCAGGCCCCGGAGGAGCAGGCCGAGAAGCUGGGCAAGAGGAGAAGCAAAUCCGCCCACAGGAUGGAAGCUCCCGAGGACGAGGACGAUCCGCCGGGAACGCCCGAGCAGGAAGACGGCUGUGUGCUGGCCCCCGAGGAGGAGCCGGCGGGUAAGAAGCCGGAGGUGUACGAAAAGGCGAAGCGCAAGUCCCCGCGGCCCCCGCGCGGGGAGGAGGAGGGGGAGGCCGAGGACCCCCCGGAGUUGGGUGGAGACUUGCCCUCCAACCCGCCCAGCAGCCAGGUCAGCCUGGAGACCCUGGAGAGCCACAGCGAGGAAGGCCUGGACUUCAAGCGCUCGCCGCCCCUCUCCAAGGUCUCGGUCAUCCCCCACGACCUCUUCUACUACCCGCACUACGAGGUGCCCCUGGCCGCCGUCCUGGAGGCGUACGCGGAAGGCCCCGAGGAUUUUAAAGCCGAAGACGUGGACUUUGAAGACCCCGAGGACUACCUGUCUGACCUGGAGCCGAGGGAGGACGAGGACGAGCCCGAGGCCUCCGAGAGCAGCGGCAGCUUCGGGGGGCUGGGGGAGGACCUCUCGCACUCCCCCACCCAGGAGCCCGACCGGGGCCGGGGGACCCCGGCGGCCAAGCCGGCCUCGGACCCUCCCCCCGCCGCCCUGGCCCCAGAGGACCACCAGCCGAGGGAGGCCGAGGCCCGCGGCCCUGCGGAGAGCCAGCAGGAAUCCCCAAACUCGGGAAACGUAAGAAGCCCUUUAGAAGAAAAGGCGACGGAGGAAUCGGUCAGCAGCAAAAAAAAGGAGAAAAAGAAGCACGUGGACGACGUGGAAAGUUCAAUAGUGCUCGCCCCCGGCGCGGGGCGGUCCUCGGACGACCUGGAGGAAGACCCGGGCUUCCACAGAGUCCCCUCCAGGACUAGCCACAGCGACUCCAGCAUUUACAUCCGACGACAUACUAAUAGGUCUUUGGAAUCGGAUCACUCUAGCUAUGUUCAGUUGAGGAAUGCCGCCGAUCUGGACGACAGGAGAAACCGAAUGUUAACCAGGUACAAUACCCAGAGGCUCACUGAGCUGAUUUUACAGUUUUAUGGCAUCAGAGCAGACAUGAAGAGGGAGUGCAAACAUGCCAGGAUGUCCAUGAAAGCCAACCACUCCGGCGAAGCCUCGCUGCGGGAGAGCCAGAGCCCGCACAGCGACGCCCUGGCGCAGUUCGUCCAGCAGCCCGACCUGAUGUACUUCAUCCUCUUCCUCUGGCUGCUGGUGUACUGCCUGCUGCUCUUCCCCCAGCUGGACAUCAACAGACUCUGAGCGCAUCUGCGCAAUAAAGAGACGGGACCCGG